AUGGGGUUAGCGGCCACAUUCAUUGAUCUUGUUGGAAACUUCAUUGACCAAGUGUUAGAACGACGGCCCUUUUUGAGCAGUGGGAAGAUGAUGAACGAUUCUAAGCAGAAUAGUCUCGGUGUAAGCAUUUCUGGAAUUCCAACAAAAGAUGCACAGCAAGACCAGACUGGACACCUAAAUGAGAUCUAUAUCUUGCGACCAACGGAAGGGAAGUACACCUGCCGAUCAGUCAUGGUCGAUACUAGCAAGCCUUGCAAUACGAUCACCGUAGCUGAACUGGAACGCCUUGAUAGACACCUGCCAGUGCAACCACCCGCCGAUGACGAUCCUCAUGCCCAGAAACACAAUGAUUACCUUGGAAAGAUAGACCUUAGGAUUUGGACCGCCUCAGAAUCCAGCCCGAGGGAGCAAAACAGGACGUUCUGUAUUCUAAAAUCUGCCAACCCAGAAAUUGUCCUCAAUACGUUAACGAUGAGGGAAGGGCAACUGAAAGGCGGUGGACAAGAAGGACCAGCAGCCUUACCUAGGAGCAACCUAAGCAAAGAUAUGGUAACGAGACCCAAGAAAGCCGAGCAAGAAGCGGAAGUAAGAAAGGAGAGAGCACUAAGUGGCCAGUACUCUCCAGACAGCCUGGAUUCUUUCAACUACGAAUAUGCGGAGCGAAAUCAGGCGCAGCACAUCGAGAGUGAUACAAAAGCCGACAAUUUAGAAAACCGAUCUCAUCCAUCAGGCCCAUUAGCGGGGACACUGGACGGUCUCUUUGGAUCUCAAUCGAUCAAUACACCAUUACGACACGCGUCUUUCAAUGUCGCUCAUGACCCGUCAGGUCUCAAAACUGGUUUGCCUGCCUCGAACAUGAGCGUAACUAAUUCUGGGGAAAAAGAGAAACCGACCUCUCCCCAGAUUGCCGAGCCAACGCCCAUUGAUUCUUCGGAAACACUAUUACAACCAUGGAAAAGCUUGCCUCUGUCCGCGUCUAGGCAGGACAGGAUUGGAAAAGGGAGAUUCACGAUAUGCUGUGGCAUGUGCCGCAAGCGGAAAAUCAAGUGCGAUGGAGAAAGGCCCGGCUGUCAGCAAUGUGCUCGAAUAAAGCAACCUUGUCCAGGAUACCGUCCAGUUACAACUGAAGGCCCGUCGCCUCAGCCUGACUCGCCUGCUUUAAAUAUCGGUAUAUCGUACGCUAGUGAACAUCGAAGGCAUGUUUCUUCAAAACUACCAAGCACACUUGACGACAACAGUCCAAACAACGAGGUCCACCUCCCUCGCUACCUCAACAAACCAUUGGGAUCCUCAAGUGACUCCUCUGCGCAAAGUUCUCCUUUACCGAUCGAUCAAGGCUUGCACAACUUGCCAUCCGCACUUUUGAAAAAAGAUAUUAUGGGAAGCCCCGUUGGCUCAGCAUCCGGCCAGCGGUCGACAGGUUCUCUCUCCUUUGUCGACGAUGUGACGGCAUCACUCGUGCGAUUUUUUGCCUACCAUGGCAUCUUGAUCAGCGAUGUUCAGCUCCGACAACACGCCUUCCCCCGUGGUGAGAAACACGACAAUUUUCAACGGACCGUUCGCCAUUUGCCUUUGCGCCGGCUGGCAGGAACCGAUGAGAAGACUCAACCGCCAUGUUCAGAGAAGCAACAGGCGAAGACUCGGACCAGUGCAAAUUCUUCGAAAUAUCCCUCGGCGCAAAGACAAAAUAAUUCGCCUGAGUCAGAAGAUUCUGGAUUACAGUUCCGGGCUGACGUCAAAGAAAAUGAGGUUCUCAACAAUAAUCCCCCCUUUGCUUGUCCUUUCUAUAAACGUGAUCCUUGUCGAUUUCCCAGCUGUGCCGGGUUCAAAUCGGCUCGAAUAGAUACAGUCUGCUCACGUCAUGUCCUUACCAGACACUUUCAACGAGGCGAUGUUAGUUCCCAAACCCGGAUUCAAUUGAGGUCAAUCGGAAGACUUCCUGCCGAACUUCGAUGGGCAUCUUUCUACAGAGUCUUAUUCAAUGUUCGGUCUGAUCAAGUUCCCGACCCAUAUUGGAAUUCGGAUAUCUUGGCAGAUUACUUACGACGCAACUCGUUGGCUCCAGGAUUGCCCGCGCACAUUAGAGACAUUAUCAGCCGUACUUCAGACGCAUUCGACCGAUAUGUCAAAGAGCGCGAAGCCAGAAGAAGACGGAGAGAACGAGAGCAAGAGGCCUUGCUUGCACCACUCAGAGCUCAGGAAGCCGCUAUUCGUGCCCAAUUUGACCAACUGCGGGCAGAUGACGAAGCCACUCUUAAAUCAAGAUUCCGUGAAACGCUUCGAAGUCACUGUUCGAAUCUCGGGUUGUCCUACAAUGUCGUCCAGAAUCCUCAAGAAGAUGGCCAUAUGAGUCCAACUGCCCGUCCAAGUGAGUUGUUCGAGACCUUUGAGCAAGAUGGCCAGUCUAGCACCCAAAGGACGGGCUCCCCAUUGACCAUGACCGGAUCGACGAGGGUUGAUAGGCGGCCUGCUUCUGGAUCUAGACCUUCCAUUGCUGCAGAACAAGGCUCGAGCUCUACGGGCCCUACAGCUAUUGAUGAAUCCGCGUCUGUUGCGGCAUGGACAGCUAGAGAAGCUGAGUGUAAUGACAAUCUUGGCUCAAUAUCUUGGUCAACAUUCUUUCAAGAACUUGACGAUGGUCAUGAUGAUCUCGUUUAUCUUGGCCAGCAGAAUUCCACUGAUUCUGGAUCUGGAUCUGGGUCAGGGUCUGGGUCGGGAGGCAGUGCCGGCGAGGACUCGGAUGCCUUCACUUUUGUGCCUUAA